UUCCACCUGACUUCAUUUAAGUGUCCCUGGUAUGGAGCAGGUUCUUUGUGUGCAUCCCGAUGAUGUGUCACUUGCUACCUCAUACCGGCCUGCUGCCAGCCUGGUAAGGAUAAGUGCAUCGACCACCUUCUCCAGCAAAGCGCGGGCACGUGACGGCAACGCGCAGCGCGUGCACGAGUUCACUGGGUUCAUCGAGUUUACCGUGACACCGCUGACUCCUUGGCCCCGCCCCUCAGACAGCCGUCCACCCCGCCCCCGACCAAAGCGCCUUUCAGGGCUAUAACCACGCCCCACCCGGCUGCCUAUUGGUCGAGGCCUGCUACACCUUUGCUACUGAUUGGCCGCGUGUUGACCGACGCUUACCUUCUUUCACCCCCGCCCCCGUCUGCUUCCUGUUGUUUUUGUCUUUGGCGCGUGAGCUCACGCGCGCGCCAGCCAGCCAGCCCGGCCGGCGGAUCCCCCCGAACACCUUGUCCGUUGUCUCUCCGCGUCUCUCGGCCGCCAUGCUGCUCCCCCGCCAGGUGGACUUGGAGGCGGCUGAGGCGCUAGUCAGCAUGAGUUUCUGGGGUCACAAUUCGCCGGGGCCCCGCCCGCUGACUCCAAACUGCGACUCGUGUGACUCCGCCCCCUCGCACUCGCUGGGCACGCCCUCAGCCAAUGAGAUGGCGGCGUUGUCAUCACUGUGCAUGACUCCGCCUCGCAGUCCCAUCUUAGGUGAGGCCAACAUCGCCGCAUCUGUCCUAAGCCGUCUUCCCGAUGACUCCGCCACGCCGACUGGCGUCGUCCGUCACACCGCCGACAGUCUCAGAGCGUCGCCUGCUACUCCUCGGGUGACUCCCCAGCCAUCCUCACCUACUCCUCCCGUCUCGCCGCCUCCUCUCGUCUCGCCGCUCCUCUGCCAGCUUUUCCCGUUGGCCAGCUUCUCCCUCCUGAGUUCGGCCGUGCCACAGGGCGCUGUUGUGCUGGUGGUCCCGCCCGCCCGGACGCCGAUAACCCCGGGCAGCGCCAAGCUUCUCCCCCUGGCGCCCACACCCGACACCUCGCCGACGGGCAGCGCCAGCGGGGACUCGUUACGCCGCCGCAACUACGUGUGCGACUUCCAGGGAUGCCGCAAGACCUACUUCAAGAGCUCCCACCUCAAAGCACACCUGCGCACGCACACAGAGUGGCGACCAGUCCUGCCCCUCUUAGACUUGACGCUAAUGACGACAAGCGGUCUGGAAAAUGGACGGACCGUAUUCACCACCGUUGUUUGUUUCGGCAGGCGAGAAGCCGUUCAGCUGCCGCUGGGAAGGUUGCGACAAAAAGUUCGCCCGCUCCGACGAACUUUCCCGCCACCGCCGCACGCACACGGGCGAGAAGAAGUUUGCGUGCGGCGUGUGUUCACGUCGCUUCAUGCGCAGCGAUCACCUGACCAAACAUACACGCAGACACUCCAGCGCCAAGAGGCCCGCCGCCGCCGCCGCCGCCUCCUGGACCCUUGCUCAAAGCUCAGGCGCAGUCCUUCCUGUCGGCCUCACAGUCACCUCAGGACUAUGUUAGCAUGACUGCAGGUAGAGGACUGAAGUGCGUUCGGACGUGCAACGCAAAACUCUCCUCGCUCAGGAUUUUUUUUUUCAAAUUUAUUAGAAAAAAUGGCGACCAGGUGGUUGUCCAUAGACACAAACAACAAUAACAAUUGCACUACAUUUUUUACACAUUAAAAACUUGUUUUUGUACUCUUUUCUUUCACGUAUGUAUAAAGGAUGUUUACUGUGUGUAUAAAUAAUCUGUUGCAUCUGUGUACCAAAACAUAAGUGUUGUGCUUGCUUCUUAAUGACGUACAUACGUAAUCCACUGUAGGUGAAUGUCAAGUAACUCCACAGCCAAUUAGGUAUUCUCACUGUGAUACUACCUACUACUACUUAUUACUUCAUAAAUAUUUUGUAGCCAGGAAGAAAAUACCUCAUGUUAUUGUGUAAGAAAAUAAGUUGUUUUUAUAAUAAAUUGAAAUGCAAGAAAUAA